UAUGAGAGCUCGUGUUGCAACGCGGCCAGUCGCGAAGAGUUGCGACAGAAAAUGAAAAGUCGCACGCAAGGACUAAACGUGUUUACAAACUCACGAUUAGUGGAUCCAUUCUGUCUAUUGCAACGGACGUAUUUUAGUGUAAAAUUUUAACGGAGAAUUAAAAGAAAAAUAAAUUUGAAUCUAGUGUGUUUAUGUGUAUCUGUGGGAGCUCCUAAUAUUUUUUUAUAGUGUUUAUGUGAUGUGCAAAGAUUAAUUAUGGUGUUCUUUGUGGCAUGCGUAUGCGUCAUUUUAACCGCUCAACUGGGAGACAAACAAUAUCGCUUGAUGUGGUCUAUCUGCGGUUGUCUUCUCGUGUCCUUAGUGGUAGUAUUUUUCUACUACUACAGAAGAUGGAGGUCGAAAGAAUUAACCGGUGUCAUAGGCGGUGUUGGGGCAACAGGGGAUGCCGUAAAAAGGUUCCGAAAACGUGACAAGAUGCUGUUCUACGGACGCAGGAUGUUGAGGAAAGUCAAGUCUAUCUCCAACUCUGGUCAGGGAAGGAAGAGACGCGCCGUCAUGCGGUUUGCUAGGAAACUGCUGCAGCUGAAGAAGGAAACUGCUCCUGAACAGCUGAAGGUUCUGGAGCCCCCAGCAGAGUACUUGGAGGAGGACUUGACGAGUGAUGACAGGGUCCCACCAGAUGCCCUGUAUAUGCUACACAGCAUCAGGGUGUUUGGUCACUUUGAGAAGCCCGUGUUCCUAAUGCUUUGCAAGCAUACUGAGAUCCUCAAUCUGCCUGCUGGUGCUUUCUUGUUUAAAGUUGGUGACACAGACGAGAACGUAUACGUAGUUCAGAACGGUCGCGUGAACGUCUACAUCACGAACCAGGACGGCAGCAGUCUCUCACUGAAGGUGGUGCGCGCUGGGGAGAGUGUGACGUCACUGCUCAGCUUUACUGACGUGCUUACUGGACAUUCGCAACCCUACAAGACUGUAAACGCCAAGGCGUUGGAGGACUCGCAAGUGAUCAAGUUACCGAUGAGGGCUUUCCAAGAAGUCUUCAAAGAGUACCCGGACAUAUUCGUCCGAGUUAUACAGAUCAUUAUGGUGCGUCUACAGAGGGUGACUUUCACAGCUCUGCAUCAGUACUUAGGAUUGAGUGCCGAGUUGGUCAAUCCGGGUCGCGACAAACGUCGUCCAAACACAGUGUCGUCGUCCCCCGGCAAGGCCGCCAAGAUGUCGACGGCGGACAGCAGCGCCAACAUGCACUCCCCGCACCACAGCGACCGAGCCAUGUCCGAACAUCUCAAUGCAUGUCAGGAACCGAGUCACCCGGCCUCGUCCCCCAUACACAUACAAGGACGCCGGCAGAAACCUGACAUGGUGCCCGACAUAGCGUCCAAUACGCCGCAGAAUCAACCAGAUGUCCAGCCAACUCCACCUCUUCAGAGGGCUCGGGAAGGAUCUUCCUUUAAGAAACACAAUACGGAUAACCUUGACGAACAGACCCUAAUCCAAAUAGCAACGGACGCGUUCGUGAAAGAACUUGGACUGGACAGUGACGCAGUGUUACGCGGCAACGUGCAAGUUAGGGACCUGCCGGCUGGGACCUAUAUCAUGAAGGAGGAGAGUCAUAAGGAUGUGGCGCUAGUAUACCUGUUAUCUGGUGCUCUGCUGGUCUCUCAAAGAGUAGCUGAAGGCGAAGGAGAAGUGCACAUGUUCACUGCUUAUCCAGGUGAAGUAGAAGGCGGUCUAGCAGUGCUAACAGGGGAGCCAAGUUUCUUCUCUAUCAGAGCGAAACAUUUCUCCCGCAUCGGUCUGUUGUCGAAGACGACAGUGUACAGCAUCAUGAGGGAGCGUCCCUCUGUAGUAUUGCACAUCGCCAAUACUGUCGUACGGCGACUGUCUCCUUUCGUGAGGCAGGUCGACUUUGCGCUGGAUUGGGUGUUCCUUGAAUCAGGCCGCGCAGUCUACCGGCAGGACGAAGAAUCAGGUUCCACAUUCAUAGUCCUCAGCGGUCGUCUGCGUUCCGUUAUAACACAUCCGAACGGCAAGAAGGAGUUAGUAGGAGAAUAUGGAAAGGGAGAUUUAGUAGGGAUAGUGGAGAUGGUCACUCAGACUAGAAGGAGUACUACAGUCAUGGCUGUCAGAGAUUCUGAGCUGGCCAAGCUACCUGAAGGUCUGUUCAAUGCUAUUAAACUGAGGUUCCCUGUUGUGGUGACGAGACUGAUUAAUCUGCUUGGACAUCGGAUUUUGGGGUCAUGGCAGAAACCAACAGCCGGGCUAGGAGGCGCGGCCGCCAUAGAACCGCGCCCCUCCCAGCACAACUUCUCCACCGUGGCCGUCGUACCAGUCAGCGAUGACGUACCAUUGACUGCCUUCACAUACGAGCUAUACCAUUCUCUGUCUGCUAUAGGCCCUACAGUGCGUCUGACUUCUGAUGUAAUCAGAAAACUUCUCGGUCUGACCAUCAUGGAUCCUAACAACGAGUACAGGCUCAGCUCCUGGCUAGCUCAGCAGGAGGAUAAGCAUAAGGUGGCCCUAUACCAGUGCGACCCAAGUCUCACUCAGUGGACACAGCGCUGCAUUCGUCAGGCUGAUUGUAUUCUUAUAGUAGCUUUGGGAGACAAACAACCGAGUAUUGGAAAGAUAGAAAAAGAAAUAGAACGCCUAGCGAUACGUACUCAGAAGGAGCUAGUCCUCCUGCACCGCGAGGGCGGCCCCCAGCCGGCCGGCACGGUCCACUGGCUCAACAUGAGGUCCUGGGUCAGUCAGCAUCAUCACGUGCGCUGUCCACACCGCAUGUUCACUAGGAAGAGCCAGUAUAGGAUCAGCGAGUUAUACAGCAAAGUCCUGAUGUCGGAAGCGAGCGUGCACUCAGACUUCUCCCGACUGGCGCGCUGGCUCACCGGCACCUCCGUCGGCCUCGUGCUGGGCGGCGGCGGGGCGCGCGGCGCCGCGCACGUCGGGAUGGUGCGCGCCAUACAGGAAGCCGGUAUCCCAAUAGACAUGGUGGGUGGAGUAAGUAUCGGAGCGUUCAUGGGAGCUCUAUGGUGUAUGGAGAGAAAUAUCACUACUGUCACGCAGAAAGCGAGAGAGUGGUCACAGAAAAUGACACAAUGGGGCAAACAGCUCCUAGACCUGACCUAUCCAGCCACCUCCAUGUUCUCCGGGAGACAGUUCAACGCCACCAUCAGAUCUACCUUCGGAGACGUUCACAUCGAAGACCUGUGGCUUCCGUACUUCACUGUCACCACUGACAUCAGCUCCAGUUGCAUGAGAGUACAUCGACAUGGUUCCCUCUGGCGUUACAUUCGCGCGUCCAUGUCGCUCAGCGGGUAUAUGCCGCCGCUCUGCGACCCGCUAGACGGCCACCUCCUAUUGGACGGCGGUUACGUCAACAAUCUCCCAGCGGACGUGAUGAGAUCUUUAGGCGCUAAACACAUCUUGGCCAUUGACGUGGGCUCCCAGGACGACACGGACCUCACCAACUAUGGUGAUGACUUAUCUGGCUGGUGGCUUCUGUGGAAGAGAUGGAAUCCAUUUACAACGCCUGUGAAGGUGCCGAAUUUACCAGAUAUUCAAAGUAGACUGGCUUAUGUGUCUUGCAACCGACAACUUGAGGAAGUAAAAAAAUCCGACUACUGCGAAUACAUACGACCUCCGAUUGACGCAUACAAGACGUUACAAUUUGGUUCGUUCGACGAGAUCCGUGAGGUAGGCUACCGACAUGGUGCGGCGUACUUCGAGGGUCAGCGGCGCGGCGGUGGCGGCGGCGUCAGCGGAGCUGCUGCGGAAGGGAGACGGCAUGAUGCACAGCCUUCACUUACUGAGUACCGGUACGGGACGACGUACUUUGAGGGGCAGCGCCGAGUAUGUGCACGACGCCCUAGUGGCAUCAUCGAUGGAAGAAAGAAUCACCCACAACCUUCGAUUACUGAUUAUACUUUCACGGACUUGGCCCAAAUGGUGUGUUCAGUCCGCACGGCCCGUGACGUAGACAACGACUCUUCUUCAUCAUCAGACUAUGAGGAGGACCAGCGACAUUUCGAAGGUUACGCCUCGGAGCCCAGCGCUGGGAUACUCGAGAUGUCGUCCAGCGUAGAGGACGGAGCGGCCGCGUGGAUCAGUGACACAGAAUUGGAAGGUCUGCGCACGCGCAGGGUAGGUGGCUCCCUCUCGUUGUCGGAGGACGAAAUCGACUCAGAGGCUGAGGUCUAUGACCCUCUGAACAAGCGAGGAGGAGGUAGGUGAGACCCGACCUUGCACGAUCUGUGCAAAGCCCUCUACGAGUACGUUCAGUACACAGACUCCUGCACUGAGUAACGGGGAUUCCUGAAAUUUCUGGAUGCAGGAAUUUUCGAAGACUGUGCGUGUAAAAGUGUAUCAAAGAAGUAUAAACCUUAAUUACCACUUAAUAAGGUUUAUUUGUAAAUUAGGAACUUUAUUGUAAUAAGACUGCGGCAAAUGGUAGCUCUAUAUACAGAGUGUGGUAGAAAUGUAGAUGUUACUGUCUGUAUGUUUGUACGUUUAUUGGUGAAAUGUUUAGAACAAAGACAUAUUUAUGUGCUGUAUAAAUUAUUUGUAUUGUACAUAUUAGUUAUAACUAUAUAAUGAAGCUGAAACGAAUGAUUUCAUCGACUAUACUAUCUUUGUCUUACUUACACAGUCGUAAGUCAGCCCUGCAAGAUAAGGAUGCAAAUAUAAUUCAAGUUUUUGUUUAUUGUAAUUAUAUUACUAAUAUUACUUAUAUUAUUAAGUUUGUCUGUCAUAUAUGUUCGUUUUCUUGUCUUGCAAGAGAGAGAUGUCUAUAUAGUACUACAAUAUCUUAUUUAUUCUAUGUGUGUGUAAAAAUAAAGUAAAUUAAAUUAUUACUAGAGCAAAGCAUCUUAAUUGUUUUGUAGAAAAUAUUAUCUUAAGUCUCAGGUUCGAUUCCUGAGUAAGAAAAACAAUUUUCGAAAUUCUCAGUAAUUCGUGUAGAUAGUAUCUGGAAUUAUGUCCAGUUAAGUUAUUAUUGUAUUAACAAAUAGUUAUGUUUUGUAGAUGUGUAAAUGAAUUAAAAAUAGAAUGUAUAGUAGUCGUCGUUCAUAGAAAUAUAUAUGAAUACUAACACAUUGGAAAAUAUUUAGAUUUAUUUCGCUGAAGGAAUGAAUUUGCAGCAUAUAGUAUGCAGCGCCGCCUUCCCGCCCGAAGAUAAACGCUUAUGCAGCAGAGAUGCGACACAAAACACACACACGACACAUAAUGAAUACUAACAUCUAAGGUACA